GCAGGGUAGGGAGAAUCGGUGGGAGUUAGCUAGGUGUGUAAUGGCGGCUUCGGUGUUGUUGUCUGCGGAGAACACUGGACCGACUUUUGCGGUCGGUAAUUCUGGAGUGGUAGGGGCUCCCGGCAAUGGAGUAGGGGCACCGGGUCCUGCGUCUUGGAAUCGGUCUCUGGACAGGGCAUUAGACGAAGCCUCGGCAACUGGUUGUCUCAACCUCAGCGGCAGGAAACUGAAGGAGUUCCCGAGGAGCGUCGCCAACCACGACCUCACAGACACAACUCGGGCCGAUCUGUCCCGUAACCGUCUGCCAGAACUGCCCGUGGAGGUGUGUAUGUUUGUUUCUCUGGAACACCUUAACCUCUACCAGAACUGCCUGCGCUCGCUGCCUGAGAGUCUUCUCAAUCUCCAGGCCCUCACCUACCUGAACAUAAGUCGAAACCAGUUGUCGACCCUGCCCAGCCCGGUGUGCAGUCUGCCGUUGAAAGUCCUGAUCGCCUGUAACAACAAGCUGGUCUCCCUUCCCGAGGAGCUGGGCCAACUACUACAGCUCACAGAACUGGACGUGAGUUGUAAUGAGAUCCAGACACUCCCUCCUCAGGUUGGUCGACUGGAUUCGCUGCGAGACCUUAACAUCCGCCGCAACCACCUGGCCCGCUUGCCCCCAGAGCUGUCUGAGUUGCCCCUGGUGCGUCUGGACUUCUCUUGUAACAAGGUGACAUCCAUCCCUGUGUGUUACCGCAACCUGCGCCACCUACAGAGCAUUGUGCUGGACAACAACCCACUACAGAACCCACCUGCACAGAUUUGUAUAAAGGGGAUGAUCCAUAUAUUUAAGUAUCUGAACAAUGAGGCCAACAAGACUACACCUGAGCUUCCAGACUACGACAGGAGACCCCUCCCCUUCGGAUCCUGUGUGGAGGAGCUGUACCCUUGCCGGCCAUACGGCGCACUGGACUCUGGCUUCAACAGUGUGGACAGUGGAGACAAGAGAUGGUCAGGCAACGAGCCCACGGAUGAGUUGUCGGACCUGCCACUGCGUGUGGCAGAGAUCACCAAAGAACAGAGACAGCGGCGGGAGAGGGAGGAGCACAGGACGUCUGGCUCCCAUCCUGUGACCAACGGCACAUGUGAGAAUCAAGUAGAGGGAGAGCUGGAGCAGAUAGACUUUAUAGACAGUUGUACGGGAGAGGAGGAAGAGGAGGGUAGGAGAGGAGAAGUAGCAGAAACCAUCAGCCUCAGCUCCCAGUUCAUGGCAUACAUCGAGCGCCGCAUCACUGGAGAGAGCUCUCCAGUCAAGUCCAACUCCUCCAGAGACUCAAGGACAGACGACCCGAGGCGACACAAUUCUCUGCAGAACAGGACUGUCCAUGAUCCAACCUCUUCUGCCUCUCAUAAUCAGAGAGGGGCUGGGGUUGGUGCGGGUCCGAGCGGGGCGCCGGGUGGGGGCGUGGAGCGUGUGCGGAGGAUGGCCCAGUUGGCCGCCCUGCGGUACGAGGAGGAGAGGCAGAAGUCACGCUCGGUGCAGCGGGAUGCCGUCAUGACCUACGUCAAGCACAAAGUGUCUCAAAGUCCUACCAAGCUGAGUCCCACGGAGAACGAGAACGCGUACCCCUCCAGGCGUUCCACCCACACGGACGACUCAGCCCUCUUCAUGCAGGGCGAGGAUCGCUCCUCCCUGUCUCCCACAGCCCUCCAAUCACCUUCUUACCCCGGCCCUGUUACUCCGCCCUCCUGCUGGGGACCCGCACAGAGGCCCGACAGCUUCUUGUUUCGCCUCAGCCAGAAGGAAGAGCAGAGGAGAGGUGAUGGUUCUGCCCCCAGGUCGGAGCCUGAAGAGGUGACCCCUACCCAGCCUCAAGGCCCCAUGGGAGAGGAGGCUGCUCUGGUGGAGCAACUGCGGAAGAACAUCGAAUCGCGUCUGAAAGUGUCCUUGCCAAGCGACCUAGGAGCAGCACUGACCGACGGGGUCGUGCUCUGCCAUCUAGCCAAUCACGUGCGGCCACGAUCCGUACCCAGCAUCCACGUGCCCUCCCCUGCUGUGCCCAAACUGACGAUGGCCAAAUGUCGGCGGAACGUGGAGAACUUUCUGGAGGCGUGUCGCAGGAUCGGGGUUCCACAGACCCAGCUGUGCCUGCCCCUCCACAUCCUGGAGGAGAGAGGGCUCGCCCAGGUGGCCGGGACGGUGUGUGCGCUCCUGGAGCUGGCCCCGCCCAAACACACAACUUCCCCCACCACCACCAUUACUACCCCUCUAGCCAUUUAGGGCAGCGGAGUUCCACAUUCACUCUCAUGGAUGGACAGACACAGGACCCACUCUCUCCCUCUCCGAGGGUACGUUACAUGGCUUUCCCUCUCGACCACCCCUGGCACAAGGGUGUGAAGAGAAGACUGCUCCCCCAUUUUCCCCUCAGCCAUACAGGGGCACCCAGCCUUCCCAGACAUGUCUUCCCCAAUGGAGAGAGGGAACAAAGGGAUGACUGUCUUUCCCCCAGUGUCCCCACACAGACUGCUUACGACUUGCAUCCUCUAAAGACAGACAGACAACCGAGAUUGUUCCAGACAAACGGUCAGUUGGACGGCAAGGAAGAGGGUUCUUUUUAUUUUCUAAUAGUCAGUUGUCUUCUCUCUCUUCUCUCUCCAUCCUCCUUUUACUUAUGUUCACCAGGGAUUGUUAGAUUUUACACCAUUAUUAUUAUUAAUGCAUCUCAUAUUCAUGUUACUGAGUUACAUGUUACAUGUCAGAUCCUUGCAUGUCAGCGGGAUCAGGUAGGGGGAAGGGUUCGGAGACUAGGAAGUUGCCUAAGUAACACAGUCAUGUGCUACAAAGAGUCAUUUGAGCAACAGUUACGUUGAUGCUGCCAACACUUAAAAUGGCUGUUAUUAAAUGAACCAGUCUUCUACAUUUUUUUAUUAUGUGGUCAAAUCACGAGCUAGCUGAAUCAAAAGCGAUGCUGGAGUAGAAAGAGAGAGGGAGCUCUGGGAAUCUCUGUUUUAUUCUUUCUCAAAAUGUUGUGUACAAAUAUAUGAGUGAACAAAACAUUAGGAACACUAUCCUAAUAUUGAGUUGCACCUCCUUUUACCCUCAGAACAGCCUCAAUUCGUUGGGGG